AUGCCCACCACCCGAAGAUCAGCAGGAGGAGCCCGGGCUAGAGCUGGCCCGACUCGGGGCCAGUCGACCAUCAGUUUCUCUCACCGGGUCUCCAAGCCCGUGCCCAAGGAGCAAAAGACCGCCCUCACCUCCGCUGUCGAGAGAGUGGAGAUCGACAAGCCAGCCAAGAAGGAGGAGAAAGAAGCCAAUGAUAUCCAGCUUGACGAGCCCACAAGUCUUGAGAUCGAGCAGGCGGAAGUCAAAGAGGAGCCCCUUGAGGAGUCGGACUCCACGAUCAGGGCGAAGAAGAUUACCGACGCCCAAAUCAACAAGUAUUGGAAAUUAAUUGAGGCUCAGCGCAUUGCGCCUAGGGUUCAUCAGAAGGACGUGAGUUUGGCAGAGAAAGUACUGCGGUAUUUUGAUGUCAGCUCGCAAUACGGUCCUUGUAUCGGCCUGCAGCGCAUGAAGCGUUGGCAGCGGGCCGAGAGACUUGGUCUCAACCCGCCCAUCGAAGUCCUUGCGGUCUUGCUCAAGGAGGAGCAGAAAGGAAACUCACUCGAGCGGGCACACAUGGACGAACUCAUGAACACGACGGUGGUUGGGCCCGCUUAG